GGGACAUAAAAGGAAAGAACACAGAAUCAGAUUACCAGGUGGCGAUGUAAACAAUAUGCACCUAUUGAUUUAUAACUUACCAACAAUAGAAAGAUUCGAUAUCAGUAUUAGUGUAACGACGGUCCUGCAUUAAUGUGUUUAAUACCUGUAGUAUGAAACCUUAGAAUACAAUGGGAACUUGAUAUUGCCAUAAGAAUGUUUUUUUUAGGUCAUAAGCAUUUCGAAAUUCCCGAAUUCUGAUCAGAAAAUUCUAUAAAGGGAUAAAGAUGACAGGUGGACAGACGAUACAUGUGUUAUGGACUUUUAUUCUGAUGAUAAUAAUUUUGGAGGGGAUAGUGGAUUCUGCAACAUACAGAUCUCGCAGGACUUACGUCUCCACUGGACUAGACACAUGGAUGAUUGUUAUGAUUGUUGUCAGUUGUUUGUCAAUGCUAGCUGUUCCAUUUGUAAUAAUUUUAUGUAUAAAAUGUGGAUGCUGUAAAGUAAAACAAAGAACCUUCCCGGGUCAAACAGCGGUACCACUUGGACAGCAGUAUGGACAGCCAGGGACAACAAUGUAUGGUCAGCCUCAAAGCGGAAUGCCUCCACAGUACGGACAACCACUUCAGUACGGACAACCAUCUCAGUACGGACAAACAAAUCCAUUCGGACAGCAAAGUUCAUACGGACAACCAAACGGUUUUGGACAGCAGAGUGCCUUUGGGCAACCAGACGAAAAUCAGUUUUCCUACAGUUCUCAAAAAUACUAAACAAAUAUUCACGUUAGUUAAUGUUAUUUUGAGAAUAAAUUGAUGUUAAUAUUUUUACGCAUUAUCUUCCACAAUAGUACUGUUAUAUUUUCUGUUGUUGUUUAUUAUAUUUUUUUCUUUAUGUGGAUAAUUAAUCAAUGUGUAUUUUAUAGAAGUUUAAUUUAUUCUGUUUUUCUACACUGUUAUGUUUUAUGACUGCAAAAAAUGCUACUAGUAUUUGUCGAAUCACUGGUUUUAAUGAGUGCAAAAAGUCCCAUCUAUUGAGAUCCACUGCUGGAGAAUGAGUAUGAAUUCUUAGGUUUAAUCAUGUGUAUCAAUAUUAUAGCAUCUGUUUUUUAUCAGUAUUAAUAUUUGAGUAAAUUAUUGCUAUCAAAACUUAAUUUAAAAGUCAAUGUUUCUUAACGUUGUUUUUUUUUAUUGUAAGACUUAUAUUUCAUUGUAUAUUUUUGGACUCUUAUGAGGAAUAAUUUAUUUACACGAAUAAAAGAAAACUCUUGUGACCUCAAUUCAACAUUUAGACAUAUCUACUGUGUGUUUUCAAUAAACACUAUUGUAUAUACAUUCAAUCCUUUAUUGAGUUAAUCCCACUGAACUUGAAACGAGAGAUCCACAGAAUCUGACCCAUUUGAUACAUAUUUGAAAAUUUAAGACAUUUACUACUACAUUCAAAAGUAAAACCAAUCUUUAAAAUUUCGCAGGAAUACGAAAAGAGAAUUAUGGCCCUUGAUCUUUGAUUUAAGAAGACAGAACCUAUUUUAAGCCACAGGUAUCACGAUAUCGAUCUGUCUUUUGUGUUUCAACACAUUUAUUGGUUUAGUUUGGAUUUGUCCUGUGUAUUAUAAAUCUUUUGCACUAUACACUGCAAGGAAUUAAAAUUUAGUUGAG